AUAGAGGAUACAACAGCAUACAUAUAAAGGUAUCUUUUGAGAAACAGAUGGUACAAAAUGCACGGAAUUUCAAUGGAAAACCAGACGAUUGUUCCAUACAACGACUGUAAAAACUCGGAAACGGCAUCGUGGGUUCCCCCCGCCUUAGAGUUCUUUUUCGGUAUUCUUGGAAAUGUCAUCGCAGUACUCCUAGUAUGGAUAAAUCGGAAGGAUCAUCGAUGGUCAUCUUUCUACAAAAUGUUUACAGCAUUAGCAGUCACAGAUUUUAUGGGAAUCUUACUAACUUAUCCUUUCAUCAUCAAGAGAUAUACUUCUCGGUUCACAUACUGUUUUUCACCCGAUGUAUGUAAAUUUACCGCCUUUGUUAUGGUGGAUACUCAUUUAGCUUCUGCUAUGUUGAUCGCUGCUCUCUCUGUAGAUAGAUUAAUUGUUUUGAAGAAUCCUUCACUUUUAAGGGCCCCGCAUGCUAAGAAAAGGUACAAAGUCAUUGUGGUGUUUAUAUGGAUAACUUCCUCAGUGAUAUCCAUGUUGCAACUGGUUGGUGUUGGUUCAGUUAGCUUGUAUUAUCCCGGAUCAUGGUGCUAUUUCAAUUUCAAAGAACCCACUGGUGGUGAUCUGAUUAUGUCAUACCUUUACUCAGUAAUAGGCUUAUUAAUCAUAUUCAUAACAUUGAUUUCAAACGUCGUUACAUUGCGCAAAGUUUGCAUUGAUCCCUUUGCCAAAGGAACUCUUCUAGAUUCGAACCUCGUUUCCGGUUACUACGACCACCACGUGAUGAUUUUCAUCCUGGCAGUUACAGUGUCGUUCGUAGCAACGUGGAGUCCACUAAUUGUUGAUAUUUUUCUACACGCUGCAGGACAAAGAACGGGCGCUGGGAGACUGGAGUUAUGGUUCGUUCGGUUGACGUUCCUGAAUGCUAUCAUCGAUCCCUGGUUGUAUAUAAUUCUCAGAAAAGAGUCCGUCACAAAACUGGUGUCUUUAUGCAGAUUACUUGGAAGUCAAAGACCAUCUGAACAGGAAUCACUGCUAGAAUGAUUUAAAAUCUAUGUAUUCCUUAAAGAAUAUAUUGAAGACCUUAAAAUGUUAAU